GCUUCCGCUCCAUCAUUUUACUGUUUGACAGCUACACACCACGUUUGUCAUGACAUUCACAGUUCAGCUGCACAUAUUCCGGGAAGACGCUCUCCCGAAGAACAAAACACACACACCCGUUGUCAAUGCGGCUCCUUGCCGCUGGAAAUUGAUCAGUAUAAGUACUGCUGUAGCCUAUCAUUAGCCAACGGUGACAUUCACUAAACUGCGCGCUCAGACUGGCAGGUUGCUGUACUAGCACUAUGGAGGACAACCCCAAGGAUGAUAGCGCUACGAAGGGACAGGAAUCGAUUUCCUACCAACGAAGGAUGUGGAAGAAUUUCCAAGACAAAACCAAACCGUUUUUGAGCCCCAAAUUGGGCUCUGGGCGUCGCAGUCCCGACAGUAAAAAGGAGACCGGGUUAUGGAUGUUUAAAAGAAAAAAGAAAGAGCUAGACCGUUUCUUUUCGUCCUCACAGCCCAAUCUCUGCUGCUCUACCCCGGCGCCUUUCCUGGCUGACCAGUCCCUCGGUGGUACAGCGCCUGGGAGCAGCAGCACCGGGCAACCUCUGCAUCAGCUACUGGGGGCCGAUGGAGCGUCCGCGAGCAAGCCAGAGCUAACGGGACAUGACAGCCCGAAACUCAUUGUCUCCCAUUUAAUCCUGUCCCAUCAGAAGAGCUCCUCUCUCGGCUCUGCAUGCUUCGAGAAGCUGGUAGUAGAAUCUUCGGUCGUUGGGGAGGAGGAACAGUUGCGCAAAAACGCCAGUGAUUCCGGCAUCAACAUCGCGGGGUCAAGUAAUGCUGAGACCGCUCCUCCUGCCAACCCAGGGAUGUACCAACUGGACAUCACUCUAAAGAGGGGACACAACCUCGCCAUCAGGGACAGAGGAGGGACAAGUGAUCCGUAUGUGAAGUUUAAGAUUGCGGGGAAGGAGGUGUUCAGGAGCAGGACCAUCAAUAAGAACCUGAACCCGGUGUGGGACGAGAGGGUCAGCCUACUUGUGGACAGCCUCCGAGAACCUCUUUAUGUCAAGGUGUUUGACUAUGACUUCGGCCUUCAGGAUGACUUCAUGGGUUCUGCCUACCUCUACCUGGAGUCUCUGGAACACCAGAGGACCCUGGACGUGACCCUUGACCUCGAGGAUCCCCAGUACCCCGAACAUAACCUGGGAACUCUAGAGCUGGCAGUCACACUGUCACCCAAAGAGGGAGACUUCAGGGAAGCACAGCAGCAUUCGAGUAUGCGGUUGUCAGAUGUCCACAGGAAAGCUCAGCUGUGGAGAGGUAUAGUGAGCAUCAGUCUGAUCGAGGCUCAUGACCUCCAGCCUAUGGACGCCAACGGCUUCAGUGACCCCUACGUCAAGUUCAGACUGGGCCAUCAGAAAUACAAGAGCAAGACGAUACCCAAGACUCUGAACCCCCAGUGGAGAGAGCAGUUUGACUUCCAUCUUUAUGAGGAGCAGGGGGGCUUCAUCGACAUCACCGUCUGGGACAAAGACGCAGGCAAGAAGGACGACUUCAUGGGCAGGUGUUCGAUAGACCUGUCACCGCUCAGUAAAGAGCACACUCAUAAGUUUGACCUGCCGCUGGAGGAGGGCGAGGGCAUGCUGGUGCUGCUGGUCACACUCACGGGGGCAGCUGCAGUGUCCAUCUCGGACCUGUCUGUCAACAUCCUGAACGACACACACGAGAGACACCAGAUACGACAGAGAUAUAGUGUGCUGAGGUCGUUCCACAACCUGAAGGAUGUGGGGGUGGUCCAGGUUAAGGUCAUCAGAUCAGAGGGGCUGAUGGCAGCAGACGUCACAGGGAAAAGUGACCCCUUCUGUGUGGUGGAACUGAGUAACGAUCGGCUACAGACACACACGGUCUACAAGAACCUCAACCCCGAGUGGAACAAGGUCUUCACCUUUAACGUGAAGGACAUCCACUCGGUGUUGGAGGUGACGGUGUACGACGAGGACCGAGAGCGCUCGGCAGACUUCCUGGGUAAAGUGGCCAUCCCUUUACUAAACAUUCAAAAUGGUGAACGGAAAGCCUACGCUUUGAAAAGCAAGGAGCUGACAGGGCCAACAAAAGGGGUCAUCUUUCUGGAAAUAGACGUGAUUUUUAACGCUGUAAAGGCAGGUCUCAUGACGUUGAUACCCAAAGAGCAGAAAUACAUAGAGGAUGAGCCCAGAGUGUCCAAACAGUUGCUUCUGCAAAACUUCAACAGAGUGAGACGAUGCAUCCUGUUCCUCAUCAACGCCGGCUGCUACAUCAACAGCUGCUUCGAAUGGGACUCAACUCAGAGGAGCAUCUGUUCCUUCCUGGUCUUUGUUCUGGUGGUGUGGAACUUUGAACUCUACAUGAUUCCUCUGGUUCUGUUGCUGCCGCUGGCCUGGAACUAUAUCCUCAUCUCUUCGGGGAAGGACACCAGGCAAGAUGUGCAAGCGAUGGAGGAGUUGCUGGAGAAUGAGGAUGAGGACUAUGACAAAGAUGACAAGGACCCAGAGAGAAAGGGCUUCAUCAACAAGCUGUAUGCCAUUCAGGAUGUGUGCAUCAGUGUGCAAAAUGCCCUGGAUGAAGUGGCAUCCUAUGGGGAAAGGAUAAAGAACACCUUUAACUGGACAGUGCCUUUCCUAAGCUGGCUGGCCAUCGUGGCUCUAUGUGUGGCCACUGUUCUCAUCUACUAUAUCCCCCUACGCUACAUCGUCCUGGCCUGGGGGGUGAAUAAAUUCAGCAAGAAGCUCCGUGACCCGUAUACCAUUGACAACAACGAGCUCUUGGACUUCCUGUCCAGAGUCCCCUCAGAUGUUCAAGUGGUGCAGUACCGAGAGCUGAAAGUGGAUCCCAGUCAUAGUCCAAAUAAAAGAAAGAAAAACAACCCGGGAUAACUGGCUUUGCCCACCCACUGAAUCUUCCCUCCCUCACCCGUCCAACGCCAAGAAGCAGAGAAACACUGGUUUGAACCCGCUGAACACUCUCUCUCUCUCUCUCUCUCUCUCUCUCUCUGUCUCUCUCU